UCUGCCACUAUAUAAUAUAUGUUGUUGGACAAAAUAAAUAACAUGAUGUGAUAUAUAUAGGUACCUACUUUGUGCGCGACACUAGACACUAGACAGGUGCGUGGUGCGUUACACUGUGGGUGUGACUAAUGGAUUUCCGUGAGCGGUUCUCUGCAGACAAGUGGCAGAUAUUAAACAGAAGCUUCGCAAUAUACAAUGGCAGUGUGCAAGAUCAAUUUGAGCAGAACAAAUAUUCGGGUGUUCGCACACCGUGGCACUUGAUACUCAUGUGCUACCGGGUUGCAAGGAGCACUUAAAAUUUAGGCGUGGGGUCCUAUAAACUCGCUCACGGGGAUUUCAAAGUGAAUCAAUUACAGCGAAAAUACCACAGCUCAUGUUUGAAUAUAACAUUUAUAAACAAUUGGGAGCAACGGAUAAAAUGCAUAAGAUGAAAGGCAUACCAAAAGUUUACUGUUACAAAUUAGCCGGGACACAAUACAAUGCUUUGGUGUUGGAACUGCUGGGUCCGUCUUUGGAAGAUUUAUUCAGCGUUUGUGAAAGGAAAUUCUCUUUGAAAACUAUUCUGAUGAUCGCUAUACACACGUUGCACAGGAUAGAAACCGUGCACGAGAGGGGAAUAGUGUACAGAGAUAUCAAGCCCGAAAAUUUCGUCGUCGGCAGGAAUCUACUGAAAAAAGAUAAUACCAUUUACAUAAUAGAUUUUGGACUGGCAAAAGAGUAUAUCGACCAGAGAACGAAAAAGCACAUACCUUACAGAGAGAAAAAAAACCUGACCGGUACAGCUAGAUACAUGAGUAUAAACACUCACCUCGGAAAAGAACAAAGCCGUCGAGACGAUUUAGAGUCCUUGGGCCAUAUGUACAUGUACUUGGCGCGGGGCUCUUUGCCUUGGCAAGGGCUGAAAGUACAAAACGCAAAGGAACGAUUUCAGAAAAUUGGCGAGAUGAAAAAAACCAUACCGAUUGAUAGCCUUUGCGAGGGUUACCCUGAAAUGGCCGAAUACAUGCAAUACGUCAGACAUCUCGAAUUUUACGAGGAACCCAAUUACAGAUUUCUCCAACAUAUUUUUAGCAACGCCCUUCAUAAAAAAGGAUUUGAAGACGAUCAAAUGUUCGAUUGGAUUGGCAAAUAAAAACGGUGCCUACUUAUUUAUUUUUUAUUACAAACAUACAAUGAAAAUAUGUAACGUAAUUCAUUUUAAUGUCGUAUCGUUUUUCAGACGAAAAACCAAAUUAUCACAAUCAUAUUAUAAUAAUAUAACUAUAAUAACAAUUAUUGUUUUACUCGCAAUAUUGUGUGGAAUUGAAGAAGCUACUUGUUUUGUUACAGAUAUAAUAUACGUAUUUGUUUAACUGCAUAAAUACUUUUGACUGCAAUACGUUUGAAAUAAUUUAAUACACUGUGUAAAUGAUAAAUAGAGAGCAAUAUACUUAAUUUAUG